AGUACUUGUAUCAUGUAUAUGCUUCUAAAUGAAUAACAUAGCGGUGCAAACCCGAACAUUUUGAUUUCAGUUUUAAUUUAACUUUAACAAGGAUUUGAACAUUUAAAUGACCAGUGCAUUAAUUACACUUUUACAAAAAUGAGCGUCCUAAUAAUCACCAGAUUCACUACAACAGUAUUCUGGAAUUCAUAGGCCAUCGAUUUUGCGUAGUUCAUCGGAAAUCGUCAUUUAUCAUUAAUAUUCGUUUUCAUUACUGGACUUAAUGACGUUUCACGGAUUCAUAUUUCUUAAAGAUAUGCAAAAGUCUGCGAAGUUAGUAGCAGAAUGCCAUUGUGCACGUUCUACACGUUUGCAGUACUGAUCAUGAUGGUACGUUCUGUGUUUGCCCCAGUGCCCAGUUUUGAUACUGGAGAGAUGAUUCUGACGCCCGACGAAUACGAGGACACUCUGUCGGCCGUGGAGACCUUUUGGUCCCAUCCAACAUAUCUGGCCCAUCCUCCCGAUGUGACGGUCACAUCCAAUGAAAAUUCAAACGUUUCGAUUAUUGGUAAUGGUGUAGAAGAGAUGCGGCCAUUAGUAUACAAAUGGAUAAUGGAAUACGCAGCGUACCGAGAACCGUACAUCGCAGUGGACACAAAUGGUAGUGUCUACUUGGGUAACCUGCAGUUAGCACAAAUUCCAAAUGCUUCAGAAGCUUUGACCGGGCAAUAUUCCAACGGUACUCCUGUUAACAAUGAUUUUGCCAAACGGUUUACCGGCGAAAGAAACUCUUUUCUGGAUUAUCUGAUUUCACCACAAAUUUUCGGCGACAACGAUAUGCUGCUGCAUCUGCCGUUAAUGGCUUCCGGAGUUUUCGUUGCCUAUUAUCUUCCGCAAAUUAACAGUUCUACACCACUGUGUCUCACUAAAGAACAACUGGAGGGCAUCUUAAAUGGAACUAUUACUUACUGGACUGACCAGAGGUUGUGUUCUCCCGAAAACGAAUUCUGGUGUGCCAAUGAAACCCUGCUAAACGGAGACUCGCCUAUACAAAUCUUUGUUCCAGGGUAUGCAUCUGUCGCCAACCUCGUACUGAGUUCGUAUUUACUUGGGGAGAACUCGUCGUUUGGUUAUGGAUGGAAAAAUGCAUUUCCACAGUCCAAUAUCAUAGAAUCCCGAUCGACGGUGGAAACAAUGGGAUCGUGCUUACAGGUGCAAUACAGCUUGUGCAUUGGGCAGUACUCUGAUGUCCUCUCUACGGUGGUCACCACUGUAAGCCUAAGGAACAGUGCGGGAUACUAUGUUGGACUGUCGUCGCACUCGAUAGAAAGCGUGACUACUGGGCAUUUCAGCAGCGUGAACAUCUCAUCGUACCAAAAGGUCAACUACUCCAUGUACAUUGACCAGAAUGGCAACGAUUCCUAUCCACUUGUCUACAUGUAUUACAUGCUGAUCAGACGCGGCUCGAAAUUCAUGGACAAACCAACAGAUUGUGACCAAGCGGUUAAUCUCCUACGAUUCAUCCGUUUUUUCUACAGCAGUGAAGAAGCGCGAUCCAGUGCGGCUCGUCUGGGAGCGGUGUUCGUCCCAGGAACAGCGUACGCCGCUGUACGCAAUCAGAUGAAGCGCAUACGCUGCGGCAACACCAAUAACAUCGUCUGGAUGUUGUUAAAAGAUCAAAUCCAAAAUGAUUUAGCUUCUCAAGUGGACACCCUCACCGAAGCUCUGUUAUCGCUCUUGUCCAUACCAAGUCUGAUUUUAGUGGCGUACAGUAUUUGGAGGUUUGCCAGAUUUGUAAGCAUCCUUCAACGCGUUCGAGAUGGCGUGUAUAAGGUGCCGAGCGCAGCUAUUUUCCUCGUGAGCAGACAACAUACGUUGACGGAUCGGUUUAAAGGAGUGGUCGCAUCCAGAAGGGUAGUCGAUUAUUACACCCCGAAGUCUUAUGUGCAUACUAUGUAUUUUGGACGAUGGAAAGCUUAUCAAGUUAUGCUGCGGCCGUGUAGUAUGAAUAUCCAUCGCCUAAGCCAAGCAGUAAAAAGAAAGCUUGUCGAAAUUAUGGAGCUCUCCGGUCACCAAAGGAUCGCAACCUUUUAUGGACUGACCGAAGUGAAAAACGGCCGGUACUUUGUCUCUAAUUUUUGUCCAUACGGAGAUCUUCGGUCAAUUAUUAUUGCUAAAGAGUACACGUUUUCGUUAAAUAUGAAGUAUUCUCUGGCGGGAGAUAUCGCCGAUGGCAUGGAGUUUCUCCAUUAUAAUGGAAUCCUUCAUGGAAAUUUGCGCAGCUGCGCCAUUUAUAUCGAAGCUAACUUCAGUGCAAAAGUUGGAGAUUGGGAAUACAAUACACUGCACCGCUUGCAAGGAACAUAUUUUCCUCAAGAAAUUCGACUGGCGCAAACUUUGACCUUAUUUGAGCAGACGGCUUUCUAUCCGUGGCUAUACUGGACCGCCCCUGAAGUGCUACAGUGUGGGAUGCUCGGCACUGCUGUUGUGCUAACAAAAGCACAAGAUGUGUACAGUUUUGGGAUAAUACUGGGUGAAAUUUUUGGUGAGGAAGCCGCAUUUCAACGAUAUCAAGACGGUCCAUACAACUUCACCCCCACGGAAAUCAUAACAAAGAUAUUAAGUGGUAACUUACGACCCCGCUUGUCAACUGGAAACGAAGUGCCGACGUCCAUGACGCGCUUGAUGAAUUUCUGCUGGGCUUUUGCACCGCGUGACAGGCCACAUUUCCGCAGCAUCACAAGAGUACUUCGACUAGUUGUGUCACCCCGAAAACCAAUUUCGGAUCUUGUGGUAAUCGAAAGUCAGCUGCUCGCCGACAAGCUGAAAAAAAAGGCAAAGAGGAUGGAACAUCGUUACGAGAUGGUUUCGAAAAGUUUCCACAAGUACAGCCGGACACUGGUGCCCUUUCCCAUAUGGCGAAGAAUUUAUUUGGGACAUAUGCGGCCUCCUUUGAACCGCUACGAGGACGCCGUAGUACUCCGGUGUUCGCUAGCAAAUUACGAUGCCAUCAUUGCGACAAGCGAUCCACAGAUUGCAAUGGACACUAUUAAUCUUCUGCAGCGCGUGUUUGAAGAAUUAGUAGAAAAGAACGGUCGGAUAUAUCGCAUGUAUCAAGAUGGAGCGGCGGUAGUGGCCGUAGGUGGUGCGCCUUUCGGUUUGGAAUUGGAUCCCGUGCACAGCAUCGCACAGACCGCUUUGGAUUACCUUGUCUGGGCUAACAACUCUCGAGCACCGUCGCAACCGGCAUUGAAAAUUCGAAUGGGCAUCCAUUCGGGGUCGGUAGCAGCGGGAUGUGUGGACUACGCUGCGGCCCAUUAUGUUCUAUUUGGAGAACUGAUGAAGAUUGCCUUUAAUAUCGAGCGGACAUCCGAACCGUAUCGCGUCCUGAUAUCCGAAGAUUUCAAUGACAAAUUACGGCAGCUGGCAAAAGUUUACGUGAAAUAUAAAGUCGUCGAAUCCAGCCGGACCGUGCGAGGUUACGACAAGAAAACAUUCUGGUUGAUUGGCUCGAAUGUUUAUGAUCAACAAUAUCUAUUGGACGAUAUUCUGUACGGCAAAGACGAGCUGGACAUUGACAGCGACGAGCACAUCGCGUAUGGUUCGGAACUCGGCAUUAUUACUGAUUGCCAUGGCGUUGCCGUAUGCAAACCCGACAGCCAUCACUAUGCGCAUCGUGGUGAACCAGCAGUACUGGAUUCGGCAGCAGUUAUUCGAGGGCUGAAAAAACGAAAAGCAGCGGCAAUGAAAAUGCCCCCACCCCAUGUUCUAAAGGCCCAGAUACUAGAUCACCCUUCGCAAAAGAAGCACCGGAAGAAAGCUAAACAUGAUCCUCUAGAAGUUGAGUCUGUGAAAGUACAGCCCGUUUCUCGAAUUCCAUUUAGUACUUAUGAUGAGGUGGAACAAGUUACGGCUACAGAAAGAGGUGUCUCUCCCGCGGAUGUGCUCGUCGGGAUACAUCAUGGUACUCAAAUUCAGGGUGAGCAUGACCCUGGUCACGAUUUAACAAGAUUUACCGAAUUCAGUGCUACCACAAAUCAAGCAUAUUUGAUCCCAUGUGACGGGGAAUCUGCCAUUGAAACUCGAACCUCGGAUUUGGUACCGUGUCCGUCACUUUUUCAAGAAUCAGCAGUAUAUUCCGAAGGUGAAGUGCGUUGGCCAAUGAGGAUUGAUGUCUUGCACUCUCCACCGUACGGAUCGUUGUUUGGCGCGAUAAACAUGAAUUCUGCAGCAAACCAACUGGAAAAUAUUCCAGAUCGACCUUAUACGGUCAAAAGUGAGCAACCUGUUGAAAGAGCCACGAAUAUAAAAGCGCGAACUGACGACCAGCAGCUGGUUGUUGAAAAGAUAAGAAACGACGGGCUACUUGAAAUUCGUCCAGAGAAAAUGGAAGAUUACAGUCGUGACCUUGCUGAGGGAACAGCAGCAGAUCCGAAACAAGACACGGAACACGUUCUACUAGCUAGCAGUAGUAGCCGUGCCAUAUCUGUGUAUGCUGAUUUGCCAAGUAUUCACAGUGAUAUUGCUACGUACGGACUGAUUCCUCCAGUUCGUGUCGGCAUUUCCCACCAUGAAUCUACGAGCUGGUCUUCGGCGCAGCAAGACCAAGAGAACGCUGAUGCAGCGUUUACCACUUCCGACGAUGCCCUCCCUCUACAUAUUGAACAAAGUGAAAUCAAAGCCGAUGAGGAGCCACUGCAAAUGCUGUUGUCGGUCAAUGCACCGUUCCAGCCGGAUGAGGAUUUGAUUGGUUUCAGUUCUGCUCAAACCAAUCGCAACAAUCCUCUACUAAGUCUCAAUGAAAGUUCAGGUCACCAGGUGGAAAAUUCGCAGUCCCACUCGGAUGCUACCGGAAAACAAGAUCAUGCAGAGAACUGAUUGUCCGGUUUUUUGGUUUUGGUGCAUGUUGUACUUACAAAGAAGUUUGAGAGUCUGCAACGAGCUGUAAAUUUGUUCGGGAAACGGCGGCCACAGCUACUGUAUUAAUGCUACACUAUUUAUUCCGUUCACUUUGGUUUCUGUGUUAAUUAAUAUGGUCACUGAUUGUCCGACCGAA